AUGUCUCUCAAUCUUCCGAAGGUUUCUGGAAAGUUAUCUGGGAUUUCUCCCCUAAUCAUAGGAGGCGCAGUUUUUAACGUCCAGUACAACGACGAUCCUGCUUCUUUACCAAUUAAAGAUCUGUUAUUGGCUGGUUUCAAAAAGGGAAUUAACGCGAUUGAUACUUCUCCUUAUUAUGGUUCCUCAGAAAGUCUUUUGGGUUCCGCAUUAAUACAGUUAGUAGAUGAAGAAAAGCUUAUCACUAGAGAUAACUAUUACAUCUGCACUAAAGUGGGCAGAAUUCAAUUGGACGAAUUUGAUUACAGUCCUGAAUGGAUCAAGAAAUCGAUUACAAGAUCCUUACGGAGACUGAAUACCAAAUAUUUGGAUGUUGUCUACCUUCAUGAUAUUGAAUUUGUUGAAACAGAAAAGAUAUACACUGCUUUAAAAGCUCUUAUGGAGUUGAAAAGAGAAGGCCUCAUCCAUUACGUAGGCAUCUCUGGCUAUCCGGUCAAUUUCUUAUACCAUAUUGCGACUACUGUUCAAAGCAUUCCUGAAAUAGGCCCUCUAGAUUUGGUGUUAAGUUAUUGUAACAUGUGUCUUCAAAACGCACUACUCUUUGAUUACUACGACAAAUUUAUGGAGAACACUGGAAUCAAACUCUUGAACAAUGGUUCAAUUCUUUCGAUGUCAUUGCUCAGGAACCAGGAAACUAGGUCAUUUCAUCCUGCUUCUGAAACUUUGAAAGAUUGUUGCGACAAACUGGCAAAACUCCUUGAAAAGGAUUAUCAUGUAGAUUUGGCUGAAUUGGCCACUAGAUUUGCUAUUAGACGCUGGUUAAAAAAGGAAGGAAAAACUGUCUUGGGUGUCUCUACUCUGGGAGAACUCGAAAGUGCCUGGGAUCAGUAUCAACUUGUCUUGUCUAAGAAGUUGGAUACUCAGGAUGCCAAGCUAAUCGAUAUAUCACAGAGUUAUUUAGGAGGACACAUGAACGAGACAUGGCAAAGUGGAAUUGAUCAUUAG